GCGUUCUUUUCUGGUGACAGCCACUCCAUUUUUCUUUGUGUUUGUGCUUUUAGCCUUGAACGCGCUCACUGUUCGGCUGUCUCUCUCUCUAAUGGCGAUUGUGCAUCAGUCUUGCCGCGAGUAGCUGAUUUCGGUUGAUUUCCCCCGGAAAUAAGGAUUAGCUGAACCAGAGUCGAUUGAAGAAUUUGACACUUUUUUCCCCUUGGCGAGAAGAAAACAAACAUGUCGGUCGCUUACUCGCAGCAGCAACAGUCCCAGCAGCCGCCCAACCAGGGCAAUCGGGGUGGCCCCGGGGGACCGAUGCAGCGUGGAGGGCCACCGCCGCCGCCGAGUCCGAUGCACAUCCAGAAGAUUCUGGACGAGAACGCGGGGUUGAUCCAGACCAUCCAGGACUUCCAGAACAUGGGCAAGGCGAACGAGUGUAUGUCGUAUCAUGUGGCGUUGCACCGGAACCUGGUUUAUCUGGCGAAUUUGGCCGAUCCGCAGCACAAUAUCCAGGCGCUGCUUCCGCCGCCGCACGUCCUUCAGCACGGCAGUGGUCCGCCAAUGCAUGGCGUUCCGCCGGGUGGACCGGGAGCUCCGAGUGGGCCGUUGUCUGGGCACGAACCGGGCGAUCCCGCCCAUCCGGGACAGCCGGCAGGGCCCAAUCAGCAGCCGGCGGCUCCCGUUGCUCCGCAAGGGCCACCCUCGGACCAGCAGCAGCAACCACCGCCGCCGCAGCAGCAGCAAGGUCCUCCGGGACAACCCCCGGCUCAGCCGCCCACAAGCCAGGCUCAUCAGCCACCGCCGCCGAACCAGCAGCAACCGGCCGGAGGUUAUCGUGGUGGAGCUGGACCACCGCAAGCGGGUCCGCCACCGUCGACUUCUUCGGCCGGUCAAACGGCACCCAAUCAGGGGCCGCCCGUUCCAGGGCAGCCGGGUCGUCCCGGAGUUCCGCCUCAGCAGGCGCCGAUGGCACCCCAGAACCAGGGCUAUCCGCCACAGCGCGGCCCGUACCAGCAGCAUGGACACUAUCCGGGCUAUCCGCCGCCGAAUCAGCCGUAUCAAGGUCAACCAGGCUAUCCGCCGUACGGUCCACCAAACCCGUCCCAGGGUUAUCCGCCACAAAGCUAUCAUCACGGAGGCAUGCCGCCGACCACAUCCGGAUCGGUUCCGCCACAGGGCUCGCCCUACCCCAGCGCAGGUCCUCCACAAGGCCCCCAGGGUGGUCCCCAGCAGGGCAGCUAUCAGCAAGGGCCACCAAACGCCCCAACAUCACAACCGCAUUACGGCCCACCUGGCCAAUAUCCUCCGCAGUCAGCCGGCGGUCCUCCGAUGCCGCACGCCUACCCAGGUUACGGCAGUCCGAAUCCCCCGAACGCGUAUGGACAACCCCCGGCAGGAUACCCACCAACCAGUGGCCAACCCGGCUAUCCACCGCCGCCGCAGCAACAAUAUCCAGGUUCCGGCUAUCCCACGCCAAGCCAACCGCACGGUCCUCCAACCACGUCGAUCCCGACCAGCGCCCCAACUCCACCAGCCAGCGCCCCAUCAACUCAAACCACCGGAGCGCCAACCUACACCAACCAAUCCAGCCCGGCCCCAGGACAAACCUCUUCCCCAAGUCCAGCAGCAAACGCUCCGCCCUCCAGCGCGGCCCACAUUCCUCCAACCACGUCAACCGGAUAUGCCACCGGUCCAGGCGCCCCCGGAGCCCCCCCUCCACCACAAGCAUACACGUCCCCACCAACCCAACCCGGACAACCCCAUCCGCCCCAAGGCAGCUACCCUCCGCCACCCCAAGCCGGUGGCCCGCCCCAGUCGUACGCCGCCUCUCCACCCUCGUCCCAACACCAGCAACCCCCGGGCGGUCCCGCAGCCUACCCCCAACCCGGCGGCGGCCCCCCCGGAGCCGGUCCCCAAGGCCAGCCCGGACCACCCCCGGGCCCCGGCCCCGUCUACCCGCCGCACGGCUACCACCAGCAAAGCUACUCGCCGAUUCCGCCACCCCAGGGACAGUACCAGCAGGGUGGCUACUCCGGUCAGUACCAGCGACCACCGAACGCCCAAAUGCCACCACCCGGACCGCAAGGACCACCGCCGCAGGGCGCGUACGGCUACGGAUACGGACAGCCGCCGCAGUAAACCGAAUCUCUUUGUCUUUUUUUUUCUUUUUACAACUCUUUUCAAACGAACAACAAUUCCUUGUAAUCUUACAGCAGUGGUAUGUAGUUUGUAGAGGACGACUGUCGUUUCCACGCGCGCGAGCCCCAAUUAUGUGUAUUAACGGAUUUUACACCCAAAAUCUGGGUGUAAACGACAACAACAAAAAAAAGUGUAUUUUGCAUACUUGUAAUGAAUAAACGUCAGUUGUGCAACUGAAAAAACUGUG